CAUCAUGACUACACCCACCUCCCGCAGACCAUGUUCCAUGUUUCUUUUAGAUAUAUCUUUGGAAUUCCUCCCCUGAUCCUUGUUCUGCUGCCUGUCACAUCAUCUGACUGCCACAUUAAAGACAAAGAAGGUAAAGCAUAUGAGAGCGUGCUGAUGAUCAGCAUCGAUGAAUUGCUUGACAAAAUGACAGGAACCGAUAACAACUGCCUGAAUAAUGAACCAAACUUUUUUAAAAAACAUCUAUGUGAUGAUACAAAGGAAGCUGCUUUUCUAAACCGUGCUGCUCGCAAGUUGAAGCAAUUUCUUAAAAUGAAUAUCAGUGAGGAAUUCAAUGACCACUUGCUAACAGUUUCACAAGGCACACAAACACUAGUGAACUGCACAAGCAAGGAAGAAAAAAACUUAAAGGAACAGAAAAAGAAUGAUCCAUGUUUCCUAAAGAGACUACUGAGAGAGAUAAAAACUUGCUGGAAUAAAAUUUUGAAGGACAGUAUAUAAACAGGACAUGUUGUAGCAACAUCCAAGAGUCUACUGGUUUAAUACCUGGAGAGGCUGAAAACCUCUCAGAAACUUCUGGAUGCCUCCUGGUCAAAUAAACUAAGCA